AUGGGGUUUGAGGUAAUCCAAGUCUAUGCGGACACUAUAUUCCGAUUAUCAGCGCUGGUAUUGCAGGCAACUUAUGGCGAUUAUGUAAAUGAUUGCAAAGCGAGAGCCCAUCUGAAGAAACAGCAGUUAAUACCGACGUAUAUUCUCAAAGAGCUACCAUCUCUUCAAGUCUGUGAGGAAAAAGUGAUUGAAGAAUACAAAGAACUCGUGGGUCAAAGUCGUGGCGAUGCCAUUGUUAAGUAUAUGUCCGUCAUUGAAAAGCAGCCGACAUAUGGCGUACACUUCUAUGAAAUCAAAGAUAAAACAGGUAUUCCGUAUUGGCUCGGACUGAGCUAUAAAGGCAUCAAUCAAUUUGAUCACAACGAUAGACGUAUACCGCGUCGAAACUUCCAGUGGAAACAACUCGAGAACCUGUACUUCAGAGAGAAAAAGUUCUCCAUCGAAGUCAGAGAUCCAAAACGUUCAAUCAAUUUGUAUGAAAACGCAAUCGAAGAGCCGAUCGACACGUUUGACGAUCUCUCGACAGCAAUCACUGAUCCAACCACACAAGUAUCUGUAAGUCGGCGUACAUUUGGUCCGUGCAAUGUAACAGUGUAUGUAUGGUUUGCGGCCACCGAUGUGCUCACAAAAUGCAUUUGGUCUAUGGCUAUAGCGCAGCACCAAUUCUACAUCGAUAGACGAAACUUAAACAAAAACUGUUUGACAUCUCCGCGAACUGUAGAGCAGAUCGCGACUGAACUCAACGCGAGAACCAUCUCAUCGGCCGAGUCUUCUUCGCGAACCAAUAAUUUCUCAACACAUGAGCGAAGUCUCAGUUCUCAUAGUUUGCCAGCACUUGGUAUCGACCAAACGCUCUCACAAUUAGAAACUAAUAAUACUGCGAAAGAGAAAGACAUGUUUGAGACGUUGAAAGUGAGGAAAGAUGCGCUCGAAGAGGCCAUGAAUAAGAAGUUACAAGAGCUUAAGGCACUCUGUCUUAAGGAAGGGGAAUUAACGGGAGAACUGCCGCCCGAAACACCUCUCAAUGCCAACGAACCGAUGCCUCAAAUCAGGCGUAGAGUCGGCACUGCUUUCACAUUGAAUGAUAAGCUGCUUCUGAAGCCCAGGACUCAGGAAGAAGCGGUUCUAUCGAAGCUGGAGCUCGAGUAUGAGAUCCAGACUAAGAUAGUGAGCGCCGCCUCCAAACUGGCCAAAGAUGUGAACGCAAAGAAAAACGUACGCAAACAGAGGAAACAGAUGUAUCAGCAAUCGUUGGCCAAAAUGAAGGACUUGGAGGGCCGGCUAAUCAUUCUUCGCCGGCAAAUAGCGGCCGUAAAACUGGCCAAAUCUCGACGCAAUCAAUCGACCGAAGAUCUAAGCGAAGACAAUAUCAGUCAUUCGACAGACGAGUCACAGGAAAAGUGCGAAAACAGUUUGAAUAAGUUUUUUGUGACCGAAAGAAAUCACAAACAAUUACUGAUGAAGAGAAGUGCCAGCCUUUACUCGUCCGUCCCGUCGACGCCAAACAAAUUCAGCGAAAAGCACGGCUCGCGGGUCAGACCGCUGUCACCAUCGGUCACAUCACUGGUCAAUCGACCGGCGGAUGUGAUGCCGAGACCGCGUUCAGCGGCCGCCAAAUCGGAGCCCACUUUUGAUUACGACACCGACGAAGAGUCCAAUGAAAUGCUUAAAAAUCUGAACACAGACUUUGACAAUACCAGCUCUGUUGGCAGCAGUAGUGGCGGAACCAACGCUAGUGUCAUAUAUAUCGGCGAACAGAAGUCCAAACAUUUACUGUCGCCUUAUGUGAACAAAUACGAGACUUCUGUGCGGUUGAGUGAGAGCUCCAAUCUAUACAGUGUUUCCAAUAGAAGGACCUCUAUUGCCAUCAAGAGUCAGGACGACACACAACUCAAACCACCCGUCAGUCAAUUUAAAGAACCCCUUCCUGUGAACAAACCUCAUAGACAUUUGCAAAACGACAAUACAAUGAGUCAAUUGAAUCGAAGUAAUAGUUUGGAUAACAGUCAUCGACGGCGGACAUCGUCUCAGGGCUCGGCCGAAGGCUACCCCAACCCAAACAGUCCAUCCUAUGAUCACCACAAACACUAUCACAAUCACUACCCCUUCUACAGAGCGACGCGAACCGAAACACCCGAAAAUGUGCUUCCGAUGAGUCCCUCACCCCUUCUCACCGGUGGUGCCUCUCAUAUGGCACAGAGACCACUGCCAACACUUCCCACUAACGAGUGUCUGUCACCCAAAUAUCUGCCACCUAUUGGCUCAUCGCAUGUCAACACAUCCGAAAAUCGUAUGUUUUGUGAGACCAACGCAUCCAAUAGUCCCCAAACUGUCAGCAAUGAUGUGACCGACCGUUCAGUGAUGUCUUACACGAGAAAUCAUAAGACUUAUCAAAACUCUUUGUUUAAUUUCGAGGAACCAGUUGUGAUGAGGAAUGAAAACUCGGUACCAAUGAGUCCGCGUUCAGUCACUCCAUCCAAGUUCGGCACAAACCAUACGUCGAGUAAUAAGUUUCAAGUGAACAACAAUGGGUCGCAACCUAUGCCUCCGCCCACACCUAAAACUCUUAAGACUUGGACCGAGACUUCACUCGACUUUGUGUUACCGCCGAAGACAGAGAACAGAGUGACGAACGCGCAGACAAUGCAACCAAACAGCACUUCCAAAGCCAUUAACGGACGAAAUACUAAUUCAUUAAAUUACGAAAAUUCUGCCAAAGAAUUAUACGUUAACGUCAAUAAUAUGGCGUCCAUCGCAUCCACACCACAGCAGACACCGAAAGCGUUAUCAUCGGCCACACCAUCGCCGCCACAAUCGUUGUCAACGCCAACCCCACCGCUGGCAUCGCCGGCACCCAUACCUUCACACAUGACGUCCGCAAUGAAUGCGAACCGAAACUCAAUCGCAUCCAUCACUAAAUCCAUCGGUGGUGACAGUGUUUGUGGUAAACCGACAUCCAUUCCAAUGUCGCCGACCAUACCGUCGGGCAAUGGGGUUGAGGUGACUGUCGUUAGUGUCGGACACUUCCAACCCUAUUGGGAGGAAGAGAAACCUUUCGAGUUAUCAGACUUUUACAAAUACAGUCAAAAACACCGCAAUUCACAGCAAUCGACACCAACGCCGACGUCUUCUCAAAACACGUCUCCCGCGCGUCACAGCCAACCACAGGCGCGCUCUUCACAGUCGGUCACCACUAGUGGUAAUGGACUGCAAGCGAGCGGUGAACCCAAUGGCCACCAUUCCUGCCAAUCGCCGAAUUUGAACGAUUCACUGAAGGGACAGAUGAUUGUCUCGGACUCGUUCACCAACGAGUUGAUGGCCUGGUAUGACGAGCGGGACUCUGUCCACGACGACCAGCACCACAACAAUAACAACAACAACAACAACAAUAGCCGCAAACACAGCGCCAAACAAAACGCAACACUUGUAUAG